AUGUACCAGCAUACUGUUGUGUCUGCCGCACCUGCCCGUGGUGUCCAUGUUUCGAUCAGAAGUCAUGUACAAGCACCUUGGGGACCGAUUGGAGAUGGUCUACACCACUUUUGAUAAUGGGCUUGGGGGUCGAAGUGUCGAGAACUAUCAAGACUCAGCAGGAUGAGUUGAUGGGGUUGCAGAGGCUCAAGUAUCGGUUCGAUGGGGCCUAA